UCUAUAUUCUGAGCUACUGAACUUUACUCCAUCUCCAAACAAUGUCUUCUAAAGCUAUUCACUUUAGCAAGAGGAUUGAUGAAUGCAGCCUUCAAAAAGGGGUGUUGAGGAUGCCGAGGAGGUUUGUUAGUAAACAUUGGAUCAAUGCAAGAAUUUCAAACCCAGUAGCUCUUUUGCUUCCUGGUGAAAGGUGGAAAGUUACUUGGAAAAAACAUGGUUCUGAUGUUAUCAUGUUUGGAGAUCAUUGGAAGGAAUUUACAGAGUUUUAUUCUUUGGAUGUGGAACAUUCUUUGUGGUUUUCUUUCAGGAACGAUUCACGUGUUCGAGGAACACAAUUCAAAGUUAGGAUACAUGAAUCUGGCUUGGAAAUAAAAUACCCUGGUAGAGAUCAAGAAAGCACUGACUCCGGUGAAGAGAGUGACACUGACAAGAGUACUGAUGAUGAUGAUGAUGAUGAUGAUGAAAAUGAAAAUGAAAAUGAGGUUCACGGUUCCUCAAGACGCCAGAAAAAAAGGGAAAAAUCUCCCUUACCAUUUUCUGGGUCUUCUAAGAAGAAGAAAAACAACCCAAAAGAGGGCCAUCAUAAAAGCUAUCACAGGCAGCAUGCAGGAACUGAAUCUCAAAGGGUUAUGAGUGAGAAUAAUACAAAUCCUAAGAAAACAGGUAAAAGAGGAAUCAGCCAAGCCAAAGGAGGGUGGUCUGAGGAGGAGCCCCUGAAAGACUCUAGAAUUAGUAGUGCAGAUAAAGCUGUAAGUAGCUCUGAGAACGUCAUCAUUCGUUGUACAAUGCACCGAUCAUACAUAGAAAGGAAUACGAUGUCAAUGCCAGGCCGUUUUGUACCAGCACAUCUACAUAAGGAGGAAGGGAAUGCUAUUCUUUGGGUUGCUGAGAAGAGUUGGGAUGUCAGGUUCAAGCUGAACCAAAGCAGUAAUCAAUUUUCACUUACUACUGGUUGGAAGAAAUUUCAAGAGGAAAAUACUUUGAAAAAAGGUGAUAAAUGUGUUUUGACGCAAAUGAAUUCAGAGAAACUUUCAUAUAGUGUAGAGAUUGAACGUGCCAAAAGAGCAUCAAGCCCUCACUUGGUUCAAGAGGCAGAAAAAAGAAAACAAACAAGGCUUCAAAGUAACUUAGCUGAAGGCAGUGGAAGAGGAAUUGCAGCUAAUGUCUUGGAUAAUGAUUCUGAAUUUCCUAAAAUGAACAGCAAAAGGGAGAAUCAAUUCACCAUCAUUUUAAAGAACACUCAUAUGAAUGAAAUGAAAAUACCACUGGGAUUCAUAAAAAAAUAUGUCACUGAUAAGGUAACCAGUGUGGUGCUUCGAGCUAAGGGGAGAAAAUGGGAUGCCCAGCUAUCCUAUGAUCCAAAGGAUGAUUCCACAGCAUUCUCUUCUGGUUGGUCUGAAUUUGUGAGGGAGUGUCACUUGAAGGAAGGAGAUCAAUGUGUCUUUGAUCUGGUUGAUAAAGAAAAUUUUGUGCUUGAAGUUAAAGCUUCAAGAUGCAUGUUCUGAGGUGUGACUUGCUUAUCACUGUGACUUUAGUGUUUUCCUAGUUUAUUUUCAUGCGCGGUUUAGAAUGGUUAGCUUUAUGCCUUUAUAGAAUUCUGGUGAUCU